GCGAAAAGUGCGGACACACUGAAGACUGUUAGUUAUUGUUUCCAUUUCUUCUCCUCAAAAAACGUGUAAAUAAAAAGUUUUAAAAGGAAGAACAGUACAAAAUGCCCACGGAAAUCGAGAACAUUAACCCCAAUGUCUACGAGAGAAUCAAGGAUAGGGCAUUGACCGCCAACGAAGAAGACGAAAACGUGCCCGAUCCCUUUGACAAACGAGAGAUUUUUGAUCUCAUCAGGAAUAUUAAUGACCCGGAGCACCCCUUGACCUUGGAGGAGCUGCAUGUGGUGCAGGAGGAUCUCAUCCAGAUAAACAAUGGCCAGAAUUCCGUGCACAUCAGCUUCACACCGACGAUUCCCCAUUGCUCGAUGGCCACUUUGAUUGGGCUUUCCAUCCGGGUGAAGUUGCUCCGCUCGCUGCCACCCCGCUUCAAGGUCACCGUGGAAAUAACGCCCGGCACGCACGCCUCCGAGCAGGCGGUGAAUAAGCAACUGGCGGACAAGGAACGAGUGGCUGCUGCUCUGGAGAACAAUCACCUCGCCGAGGUGAUCAACCAGUGCAUCUCCGCCAAGGGUUAACUAUUUAACUAUUUAUCCUCGUUUUGGAUAUAUACACAUAUGCUGUUGGUUUAGUAAUAAUAAUAUUGGUCUAAAGAAAGUUGGUGCCUGUUUUCCCUUUCCGAAUCGAUUGUGAUUGUGUAGUUGGUUUUUGAGGUAUGGUAAUGUUUAUUAAUCGUAAUUGUUUGUUUCCCUGUUUGGUUGGUAAUUAUAAUUGUUUUUUAUACCCAUGAUAAGACUUAUGUGGAUAGAUUAACAAUUAUUCAAAUUGGCUUAAUGUUUACUUUUAUUUUUCCAGUUAUUUACAAAGCUAUUGAAGGUUUUAUUUAUUUUCCGAGCCUAUGCUAACUAAUAGCUAGUAAUCGAGGUCAGCAACUUGAAAAUCCACCCGGUUUCGAAUGAUUGAUGAUUUUUGAUUUUAUAGUCUACUAAUUGAGUGCCCAGCAUUUUAACUUAGGCAAAUAGUAUUUGAUGAGCACUUUUAUAUUUGUUAAAGUAAUAUAAAUGACUUAAUUCUCCACAA